GAAAUCUCCUCUACCAGAGCCGGGCAUGGCCUCUAAUGCAUAUGCUGGAACAUGGGCUUCGCUACCGACCACGCUGACACCUUGGAUCCUGGAUGUCAUUCAGUCACUUGGAUUCGCCCAAAUGACCCCAGUGCAAGCUUCCACCAUACCACUAUUUAUGAAGCACAAGGACGUCGUCGUGGAAGCCGUCACCGGUUCCGGGAAGACUCUCGCGUUUGUAAUACCUGUGGUGGAGCAGCUCAUUCGCAGAGAGAAAAGAUUGAAGCGGAAUGAGAUUGGUGCGCUGAUCAUCAGUCCAACAAGAGAGUUAGCAACCCAGAUCCACUCAGUGUUCUCCAUCUUUUUUGCAAGCCAACCCUCUAAGGUCCCCAAUGAAACCAAUGAUGAUGCUGUUGAAGCUGGCAGUUCUCACUUUUCCGAGGUGACAUAUCCCCCACCCCUUCUCAUAGUUUCUUCGGAAUCCUCGCCAGCCCAGGACGUUCAACAAUUCAUAUCGACAGGAGCCGACAUCGUAAUCGGCACGCCUGGUCGAAUAGAAGAGUUUUUAUUGGGUAAAGGCAAGGACAUCGUGAAUGCCAAAGAGUUGGAAGUGCUGGUACUUGACGAGGCUGAUCGACUGCUCGAUCUUGGCUUCCAUGCUACACUGACACGCAUAUUAACGCACCUACCAAAGCAACGUCGUACAGGCCUCUUUAGCGCCACUAUGACUGAUGCGGACGCGAUGUCUGAAUUAGUCCGUGUAGGGCUCCGAAAUCCUGCGCGUAUCGUAGUGAAAGUACAGACAAAAAAAGCAAAAGUCAAGCACAACGAAGGGCAUUCUCAAGCGAAGCGGGAAUUAGGGGAUGUAAUUGAAGAGCGACGAAUACCUGCCAGUCUACAGAAUCUCUGUAUGAUUUGCAAAUCGUCCGAAAAGCUCCUGCAGCUGGCGCGGAUUAUAUCUUUUGAGGUGACACGGCAACAAUCUUCAAGAUUCAUUGUGUAUUUCUCGACGUGUGCAUGCGUCGAGUACUUCUAUCGCAUUCUAACUCCAUUCCUACCACCCAAUACCAAACUGUACUCGUUGCAUGGUCAUCUGCCACCGGCAACACGUGAACGCACGCUGUCCAGUUUUGCGUCUUCAGUCGCUCUGCCCUUGUCGCCUUCUGUAUUACUAGCCACCGAUGUCGCCGCGCGAGGUUUGGAUAUUCCCGAUGUGGACGUUGUAUUACAGUUUGAUCCUCCAUCGGAUACGAAAUCCUUCUCGCAUCGCUGCGGACGUACGGCUCGGGCUGGACGAAGCGGGAAGGCUUGGGUCUUGUUGGUAGGUCGGGAGGCUGACUACGUGGACUUUUUAUCUAUUCGGAAGAUACCUCUUAUCGAACGGAAGCCGUUUCGUGAAGAUGGCAGCGCCUAUGACGAUCCCGCUGAACCGGAAGAUGAGAAUGUCUCCGCCAUGCAAGAGCAGAUCAGGCAGGUGCUGCUGACUGAUCGGGGUCUGCACGACAAGGCUGUGAAAGCGUUCGUGUCGUUCGUUCGGGCAUAUUCGAAGCAUGAAGCUUCGUACAUAUUCCGAGUCAAGGAUCUGGACCUUGUUGGCGUCGCCAAGAGCUAUGGACUGCUGAGGUUGCCGCGAAUGCCGGAGUUAAGUGACUCAUUCAGAGACAGUUGGAAAGACGCUGAAGUCGAUUGGGAUUCGUACGCAUACAGCGAUAAGCAACGUGAGGCGAAGAGGUUAGCAGAACUCGCCAACCGUGCCGCCUCCGAGUUGGAUGUGAAGAGGCGCAGGGAAAAACACGCGGAGAAAAGGAAGACCAACGCUGCGUGGAGCGAUAACGUUUCCAGAAAAGACGAGCGCUUGAAGAGGAAGGAGAAAAGGGACAGAAAGAGAAAGUGGCAAAAAGCGAAUCAAAAAGAGAAAACAGAGUCGAAGGGCUCAAGGCGAAGUCGAGAUGAUGCGGCCCCCGCGUGUGAUGAUGAGGAUGAUUGGGAAAGGGAAGAGCGCAUGGCGAAGAAGGUCAAGCGCGGCGUCCUCAGCAAGGAGGAAUUUGACGGAGAGUUCAAUGUGAUAUAGUAUAACACGUCAUCAUUGUAUCUGUAUACAAUACCCCCUCGUACACUUGCUAGUUUCACAACAAUGCUGAAACGUCGACGACACGACCAG